CGCCCCGGGGAGCGGCAGCACGGGCUCCGCCUGGCCGUGGGCUCGGGGCUCCGGCCCGACGUCUGGAGGAGCUUCCAGGGCGCUCGGCCCGUGGAGGAUCGUGGAGACCCACGGGCUGAGCGAGGGCAACGUCACCCUCUUCAACUACACCGGCACCCCCGGAGCCAUGGGCAGGGCCAGCGCCAUCUACAAGCUCUUCUCGCCCUUCGAGAUCGUUCGGUUCGAUGUGGCCGCGGGAGCCCCGGAGCGGGACCGGCACGGGCGCUGCAUCCGAGCGGGGCCCGGCGAGACGGGCCUGCUGAUCGCUCCGGUGACGCCCCGGACCCCCUUCCUGGGCUACGCGGGGCCCCCCGAGCUGUCGGAGCAGAGGCUGCUCCGCGGGGUCUUCUCCGAGGGCGACGCCUUCUUCGACACCGGGGACCUGGUGGAGCAGGACCCGCAGCAGUUCGUGCGCUUCCGGGACCGCACCGGGGACACCUUCAGGUGGAAGGGGGAGAACGUGGCCACCACCGAGGUGGCCGAGGCCCUGCUGGCCCACGAGUCCCUCCAGGACGCCACCGUUUACGGGGUCACCGUGCCAGGCCACGAGGGCCGUGCCGGGAUGGCCGCGCUGGUGCUGAGACCCCAAAGCUCCCUGGAUGGGCCGGGGCUCUUCCGGCACCUCGAGCGGCUCCUGCCGCCCUACGCCAGACCCCAAUUCCUCAGGGUGCAGGAGCACCUGGAGGUGACCGAGACGUUCAAGCAGCGCAAGCUCCGCCUGGCCCGGGCCGGGGCCGAUCCAGGGUUUGGGAUCAGG